AACAGGGUAGAUGAAUAGUAGAAAGUUAAAAACGACUCAUAAUAAAAUCUUGCCUUUAUACGUCAAUUUUAAUUAUCUGGAGCAUAAACUACUAUGGUGUAAGACAUUGAGAAGAAUGGCAAUGUCUAUACUGACUUCACCGUUUUACAUGGCCGUAUACGUUCGCAUGAGAUAGGUCAUAUGUUUUUGUUGUUCAGAAACCUUAAAACAAAGAAUGAUAUUACAAAGAACAACACGCUGUAUUUUUAUAAACAAAUUAUUGAAACAUAAUUACUACACCAAAGAAGCGACUGUCAUCGGUUCAACUCCUGACAAAAGCCUGCCGGAUUAUCAGGAGAAUUAUGUAGUCAUGAAGAAACUGGUGGCAGAACUGCAAGCUACAGUGCAGCGUGUGGUACAGGGAGCUGGAGAAAAGGCCAGGAUGAGGCACACAUCAAGAGGAAAGUUGUUAGUUCGGGACCGUAUAAACCUGCUUCUCGACCCGGGCUCACCUUUUCUGGAGUUGUCACAGCUUGCCGGCCAUGAUAUAUAUGGAGAUGACAUUGUCCCUGCAGGGGGUAUAGUCACAGGCAUUGGCAGGGUGGCGGGGUCUGAAUGCAUGAUUGUCGCUAAUGAUGGAACGGUGAAAGGAGGAACGUACUACCCUGUGACAGUGAAGAAGCACCUCCGAGCACAGGAGAUAGCACUAGAAAACAGAUUACCGUGCAUAUAUCUGGUGGAUUCGGGUGGAGCAAACCUCCCAUACCAAGCAGAAUUGUUUCCAGACCGCAAUCAUUUUGGACGUAUCUUCUACAACCAGGCAACAAUGUCUGCACAAGGAAUUUCUCAGGUUGCGGUUGUAAUGGGAAACUGCACUGCUGGUGGCGCGUAUGUGCCUGCAAUGGCUGAUGAAAGUGUGAUAGUGCAAAGAACAGGCACUAUAUUCCUAGCAGGACCCCCGUUAGUGAAGGCCGCAACAGGAGAGGAAGUCAGUGCGGAGGAUCUGGGUGGUGCUGAUCUUCACUGCAGUACGUCAGGGGUGACGGAUCACUUUGCUGUGGAUGACGAACAUGCUCUGUACCUCACAAGGCAGAUUAUGAAGAAUCUCAACAGACAGAAGGUUCCUCAGACAACAGCUUCCUUCCCUGACCCACCUAUUCAUCCAUUGGAUGACCUCUAUGGCAUUGUAGGGGGAAAUCUCAAGAGGAGUUUUGACAUCAGAGAGGUGAUUGCUCGUAUUGUGGAUGGCUCCAGAUUCGACGAAUUUAAAUCCCGCUAUGGAAAGACUCUAGUAACUGGGUUUGCACGGCUCUAUGGUUAUCCAUUGGGUAUAGUGGGUAACAAUGGUGUUUUGUUCUCUGAGUCUGCUCUAAAGGGGGCCCAUUUUGUGGAGCUGUGUUGUCAGCGCCAGAUACCACUGCUUUUCUUGCAGAAUAUAACUGGCUUCAUGGUGGGGCGUGAUGCAGAAGCAGAUGGUAUUGCAAAGCACGGUGCCAAGAUGGUGACAGCCGUAUCAUGUGCACAGGUCCCAAAAUUGACUCUCAUAGUGGGAGGAUCCUUUGGGGCUGGGAACUAUGGCAUGUGUGGGAAGGCAUAUGGUCCAAGGUUCCUGUAUAUGUGGCCCAAUGCCCGCAUCUCAGUAAUGGGUGGGGAGCAGGCUGCGGGUGUGCUGGCGCAGAUCUCCCACCAGAUACGAGAACGGCAGGGCAAGCAGUGGACAGAUGAGGAGGAUCGGGCCCUCAGGGAUCCCAUCAUCAAGAAGUUUGAGGCAGAGGGAAGCCCUUACUACUCCAGUGCCAGGCUGUGGGAUGAUGGAGUUAUCGAUCCAGUGGACUCUCGAGCUGUAUUGGGACUCAGCCUUAGUGCUGCUCUCAAUGCUCCAAUCCCUGAAUCCAAGUUUGGAGUUUUCAGGAUGUGAAAAGUGAUUUCAGGGAUUUUAUUUUUGCAACUUUACAUGAAUAUUUUUGUAUGACUUAUUUUUUUGCUGCAAAACUACAAUCAAUUUUUAAGCAGUA